AACAAGGUCGGUACUUAUAUAAAGGACAACUAUUGAAGGGUUAAAUAAGUUUGGUUAAGUUGUUCAUAUGAGAACACAGUUUCUAAAAGUCAACAGAACUUAGGACAAAAUGAUUACAGUCUAUAAGAAGGCGGCUGUGACUUCCCUGACAUUGUUGAGUGUCCUUGCUGCUGUCACGAGCGGCCAGAUCCUGAGAUGUCCCGGAUGUAAGGUCAUGGGCUUUGUCGCAGAAGAUGACGAUAAUCUAUUUCUGAUAACAAACAAGCAGAGAAUGGCGCAGUCUCCUUCCUUUGUGAAUGUUCCUUCAGCUUAUGUUGACAUAGAUAAAGUGUACAUCAAUGCAGCCCCGAGACUACCGUACCAGAGAGUAGUACUAGCUGACAGCAGUCGCCCAAACUGGAAAUACCGGACGUAUCGACUUCCGUCCUUGACUGCUAGAAGAAGACUAUCAAAUGUUCUGUCAUUGAAUUCUAGGACUCGGCUAGGAUACUAUUAAUAUCGGUUAUUGUUUAUUUAUAAAUGUUAAUUUUAUACUUAUUUACUUACUAACUUAAUUACUAUACAACGUUCAUUAUAAUUGAUUCUUAUUUCAUUGUGACACUCAUUAUAAAAUAUCUUUGUGUAUAUUAUCAAUCAUGUUUGCAAAAGCCUUUUGAUAAUAUUACUUUACAAUUACUUUAAAAUUUACGUAGAUUUUGGUGACGUAACUAAAUCGUUAAUAUGCAUUUGUGAUAAAAUAUAUAUAUUUUUAAAAUGAAGUAAAAUUGCAAUAUAGAUUUGACUGAUCCAAACUGAAAAUUUAUAAAAGUGAUCAACAAAAUGAUUACAGUCGCCGCUGAUAAAUAAUCUUUCUUUUAAAAUUUGUAAUCCAAAUUGCAGCUAAAAGUUGUUUUUUUUUUAAAUUAAUUAAUAGUUCAAUCUAAUGUAAAAAUGUCUUUUAAUUAAUUAUAUUUGCACAUAUAAUUUCGAACAGGAGUGACAAGCGAUUCAUUUACAUUUACCAGUUUUAUUCUAAUUUCUUUUGAUUAUAUGAUUGUAUGAUACCAGAACUUUACCAAUAUCAUUACUUUUUGUUUUAUAAAUGGAGUGCUAUGUGAAUUUUUUUUUAUAAAGAUAUUGCUAAAAUAACAUUUUUCAUAGAAAUAACAGGACGUGAUUUUAAAGUCCAACGUUUUUAUUGUCAGAGCAAUGUUUCCCAUGGAAGAUGUAAAUGUAAUUAUGUAUUUAUCUACAUACUCAUGUGUUCUUCUCUUCAUAUUAUACUGUUAACUUAACAUUUAUAAUAUCCAAUUGUGCUAUACAUUGUAUAUACGACAUAUGAUCAUUCCUAACAUACUCAAUAUCAUGUGUACAUCGUUGUGAUGAAUACACCAUUUAUUUAUUUUUAUCUUUUAAUUACAAUAAGCAAUAAAAAGAACAAUAUUGAAA